AUGAGAGUCCCAAUCGCGGUGCAGCUGGCCCUCCUGGUGCUCGUCACCUCCUUGCUGGCCGUGACCGUGAUCUCGAUCGCGACGUGGACUAACAACUACAAAUUCGUCGUUGAUGUCAAGUCGAGAAGCAUCGCCUUGACGGCGUCGCUCAAGGCCGGCCAAAUUGCAGCCGAUCUGGAGCUGGUCCAGUCGUCCUGCAAGACCGUAGUCACGCGCAUUUUGAUUCAGAAUGCGUUGCGUCGCCUGUACCGCGGCAACAACACCGAUGAGAACUGGGCGUUGGCUGUCAUCGAUGUCCAAUCGGCCCUGGGAAGUGGCAUAUACACUUCCCUCUACCAAGCCGUGGUAUUCUCUAGAGACGGCACCGGUGACCAGCAUGGUGUGCUGAAUGUAACUGGCUCAGAUACCUCCCCCAUUGCCCUACCAUACUCACACCCAAAUGGGACUACUGUGAUGCUGGGCGACAGUGGCAUUGGCUACCCUCCCAUGUUAUAUCCAAACUUAACCUACUCCGUACAGACACAGGAAGAUCGGGAUGGCGAGAGCACAAAUGUCACAACUGUGACUGCGUUCGACGAUUUACCAUUGGGGCUUAGUACCAACCUAUUCCUGGGGCCGCUGCGAGUCAACAAAACAUUUGCGCUGGCCUCCCUGACGCUACCCAUUAUUAAUAACACAUCUGCGACUGAUAUUCUAGGCUUUAUGACUAUUGUCGUCGGCGCUGAACGAUUACAACGGAUUUUACUGUCUAGAGAAGGCCUUGAUACUACAGGCGCCGUACUACUGUUGGGACCUUCAGGCACUCAGAAUCGUUUCCCGAAAAAGAUUAGACCAUCUUCUCCGACCGCCCCAGCGACAAAUAUAACAGCUCUAGGAGAUGCGCUCGUGAAAUAUCUCUUCCCACCAACGCAGCUGUCAGGCGUCGCGGACAGGCACCAUGUUUACGGCAAAGACGAAACUCCAUCAUUUCCGCUGAGUGCGUUUCCAGCUGUUUAUUCAGCAUUAACCGAAACAAACCAGACUCCCAACAAUGCCACUAGCACACUAAGAACAAGGAAUGAGCAAAAUGCUGAGGUGGCAGUUGGUGUUGCCCGCCCUCAAACUACUCUAGUCGAUUGGAUGUUGGUUGUGGAGCAAGCACACUCAGAAGCGUGGGCCCCCAUCGCCCAACUUCAAAAGAUCAUUCUAGCUUGCGUUUUUGGUGUAAUAGGUUUUAUUGCCCUUGUUGUCCUACCUUUGGCGCAUUUCAGUGUUGCUCCGAUUCGCCGGUUGAAAGAAGCCACUAUGCAAACUAUGGAGCCCCCGGCAGCCCCUUCUUCCAGUGACUCUGAGUACAGGAACGGCUCACCCUACAGCUUUAACAGAUGCGAGCCUUGCCAACGCUCAGAGAAAAAAUCCGGGCUUCGUACACGUUUAAAGUUCCUUGGGUUUAGUGACGCAAAGAAUUCUAACUGCCAGCACGUUGAAGAAGGCCGGGGGAAGACGUAUCGCGUACCUGGGAAAGUGCAAGAACGAAAACGUUGUAUCACAGACGAGCUGAGUGAGUUGACAAGAACUUACAAUGAAAUGUCCGACGAAUUGAUGAUUCAGUACACCAAACUUGAAGAAAGGGUAGCAGAGCGAACGAGAGAACUGGAGAUUAGCAAGAAGGCCGCGGAAGCUGCCAACGAAAGCAAAACACUGUUUAUUGCGAAUAUCUCCCACGAGCUGAAAACACCACUGAAUGGCAUCCUCGGCAUGUGCGCUGUUUGUAUGAGUGAUGACGAUGCUGGGCGAAUUAAAAAAUCUCUUCGAAUAGUGUACAAGUCCGGAGAACUGCUUUUGCACCUGCUGAAUGACCUGUUGACGUUCAGCAAAAAUGAAAUCGAUAAAGUAAUUCAACUUGAUGAAAAGGAGUUUCGCUUGGCAGAUAUUAAAUCUCAGGUCAUGGCUGUUUUCCAGAAACAGAUACAGGAGAAAAAUAUAAACUUCAGUAUUAAAUUUAUGGAUUCAACAACUGUUUCAACGGAGGCAGAAGAGUUGCCUGGAGAACCUGUUCAAGUUCGGACAGCACUUGGACCCUCUGGUACCGGGCGACUGAGAGACAUGGUCCUUUGGGGAGACCAACACAGAAUACUUCAAAUUCUGAUCAACUUGGUCAGUAAUAGUUUGAAAUUCACUCCAGAGCGCGGAAAAGUGGAAAUGCGCAUCAAAUGCAUCGGAGAGUUAGAUAAGCAGACUGACGGUGCUCCAAAAUCCUCCUUCGAGUCAUCGAGAAUGUCACGACGAAAAUCUAAGGCGUCUUCGGUAAAUAACCAGAAGCGAGAUGAAAGGGAGAAGCGAUUAUCGUUAUCGUCGCAAAGGUACGACCUGCCACCAUUAUCGCCACCCAUCAACGCAAAAUCCCUUCUGUUUGAGUUCGUUGUACAGGAUACCGGUCCGGGUAUACCUACACAUAUGCACAAACGUGUUUUCGAGCCAUUUGUUCAAGGCGAUCCAGGCCUCAGCAAGAAGUAUGGAGGAACUGGGUUGGGCCUCAGCAUCUGUUCGCAACUCUCCAGGUUAAUGAAUGGAACAAUUCAGUUGGAGAGCAGUGAAGGUGUCGGGACCACCUUCACUGUUAGGAUACCUUUACUGUUCGUCAAAGAAAGGACCCCAAGUACUAGGACUUCUAGCACUACAGCUUCAAUUGCACCCAGUGCUCGUUCGUCGAUGUCACGAAAAGACUCCGUUCAGUCGAAUAAUGUUGAACAGGAACUCGGACCUAGACUAGUUGGUUUGAGUCAACCUUUUUUUGCUGCAGUAAAGUCACCAACAUCCUCGAAGCCAGAAGGGAAGGAGGAUCUGCAAGCAAAUUCUUCGAAUGGUGAAGGAAUGUCAGAUGACAGAAUUCGAGUAUUAGUUGCAGAGGACAAUGUGGUGAACCAGGAAGUGGUUCUCCGAAUGUUGAAAUUAGAACAUAUUUAUGAUGUGACCAUCGCAAAAGAUGGCCAAGAGGCUUAUGAAGUCGUCAAGGCCAACAUGGAGGAAGGCAAAGCCUUUAACCUCAUCUUGAUGGAUAUUCAGAUGCCUAAUGUCGAUGGUAUCCAAUCUACUCGUUUGAUUAGAGAGAUGGGAUACUCCGCACCCAUAGUUGCUCUCAGCGCAUUCUCUGAAGAAAGUAAUAUUAAAGUCUGUAUGGAUUCAGGCAUGAACAUGUUCCUCAGUAAACCGCUCAAACGCCCCGCCCUAAAGCAAGUCCUGAAUAGCUUUUCCACCAUCCACGAAGAAUCGGAAGCCCAUUCGACAUAA